AUGGAAGUCUUCCCCGAGUCCAGUUUCUUCCAAACGAACAAAGAAAUUGCGCUCCCUACGCCGGCCAAAAUUAGGGCCAUCAACGAGGCGUCGGGUGAUUUUAAGAAAAACUAUUUCGAGCGAGCGGCACCUGUUACUAUCCCGUCAUUGGGUCUAUUUGUCAAAUACGGACGUGGUAUAUCAAUUGUCGAGGCAAAAACGCAAAGAAUGGUCCACAAUACAUUGAAAGAUGUAGUGCCCAUUCCCGAAGUCUUUGGCUGGGCCGAAGACAAAGGCCAAGUUUUUAUCUACAUGGCUCUGAUCGAAGGUGAUACUUUGAUGAAGAGAUGGGAUGGUCUGAACGACGAUGAGAGACACAACAUUUCCCUCGAGCUGAAAUAUAUGGUUCAGCAAUGGAGAGGUCUCCAACCGGAUACAUCCGAAUCUUAUAUUGGCAGCCUUGAUAAUGCUCCACUCCAGGACAAUUUCUUCUUUAGCCACCCCGAGUGUGCAGGUCCUUGGAGAGGAGCAGAUGCCAUGAAGCAAUUCCAAAGUACCCGUGGGAUCGAAGCCAGAAGCGAAGCACAAUGA